AUGCGUCCUCUGCCACCAGCACCGAACCUACCUGACUUAGCCGAAGUCCUUCAUAAAGCCACCAUUGAAGGUGUUAGGCAGGGCAUCGCCUGGGCUAAGAAGGAUAAGGAAGAAGAAGAGAGCCGCUUAAAGAUUAAACGUGAACGAGAUCAAUCACCGGAAAGUCUGUUCCUUACGCAGGACAAGAAUACUAAGACGAAUACUCAUGUCGCCGUAACCACACUCUCUUCUGGUCCCUUUGCAGGCUUACGUUCAGCGAAGAAGCGUGUUUGUGAGCAUGCCAGCCUAGAGCAAGAAUCCAAGGAUAGCUUUGGCCCAGCAAAGAAGGUAGUCAAGAAAGCUGCUGUCCGUGAGAAUGUCGACUCAGAUGAAGAGUCAAAGGCUAGCUUCGGUCCAGCAAAGAAGGUAGUCAAGAAAGCUGCUGUCCGUGAGAAUGUCGACUCAGAUGAAGAGUCAAAGGCUAGCUUCGGUCCAGCAAAGAAGGUAGUCAAACAGGGUGGUGUCCUUAAGAACGUUCAAACGAUCAACUCGCGCACUACGGACCAGGGUCCGGAAUGGUACGAUAGCGUCGAUCCAAAGCAAACCUACUCGCGCGGAGACAUGCAGAAUUUGAAGUAUCUGUAUACGCUUGUCAACAACGCGAAGAAAGACGCAGCGGACGGCAAAGACAUGACGCAAAGUCUUGGGAGAAUCCGACAGCGACUUCAGCAGAUGGAGUUCUACACCUCUCUUUCCCCAAUCCUCGUCAAAAAGUCGGGCCUGCUAGACGACGGAGGCCUGCACCUGAUCUUUGAAAAUCGUGUUCAAGGUGUCUAUUUUCCUCAUGACAUUCGCGCGGACGCGGACAUCCUCUUUCGAAAAUGGAUGGGUGGACAGAUUGACCCUCAUCUGUUUCGAGGCAUCGUGACAAAGACUGGGACAGCGAAAGAAGAGAGAGGCUUCAAAUCCCACAGUAUUGACCCGAAUUUCGCGGGGAAGAUCUCAAGCAAUUACGUCGGAGCUGGAAACCUGGUCAACGGGCAGUGGUGGCCUUUGCAGCUGUGUGCUAAGCGCGAUGGUGCGCACGGAGAGAGGGAAGCGGGCAUACAUGGCCAGAAGGGGAAGGGGGCUUACUCGGUUGUCGUCAGUGGUGGUGGAUACGCCAAUGUGGACAACGGCGAUUCGAUCAAAUACUGCGGUACGCAAGGCACCGAAGACUCGCCAUCGGCAGGAACGAACUUGAUGCUCAAAGCACACGAGAAUCAGCAAUCGCUUCGUGUACUCAGAUCAGCCUCACUGCCGGCCAGUAACCCAUACCGUCCUGCCCGCGGCAUCCGCUACGAUGGCCUAUACCGCAUCAUCAGCUACGAGGUUCUAGACCAACAGACGGCUAUGUACCGCUUUUCUCUGUCGCGUAUUGGGGGACAGGAUCCGAUCCGGAACAGUGGUGAGGGUAUCGUCCCAUCAAAUGCACAGAUUCUUGAGCUCAACAAGAUUCGUGAGCAGAUAGAUUGA